ACUCUGACAAUCAACUGUUUACCAAUUGUUGCUAGCAUUGAUAGUAUUCAAUAGUAUUAUUUUGCAGUGAAAACUAAUAGGUAUAGUUCAAGAAUGGCUUUCGUGUGCUUGUCUAUUUAAUAUAUUUUCUGGUCUAAAAGAAAAAAUUGUGUAUAUCUUCGUAAAAGUCAUUAAACUGCAACAAAAGUAAAUUGACUUGAUAAGCAGUUUUAAAAAGAUGGAAGGUACUGGAGCGUACGGUGGUGGUAAAGCUGGAAGUGCUUUUGAUCCUAUUGCUUUUGUCAAAAGACCUCAAGUUAUUCUACGUUUGGUCUGCUGGCUAUUUUCAGUAGUAGUAUUUGGAUGUAUAUCAUCUGAAGGAUGGAUGAAAACUGAUAAGGAUGAAAAAGAAGUUUGUCUGUAUAAUGGUGAUAGUAACGCUUGCAAUUAUGGAGUUGGAAUCUCAGUCAUAGCAUUUUUAGCAAGCAUGGGUUUUAUUGCUGGUGAAUACCUUUUUGAGCAAAUGUCAUCUGUGAAAACACGUAAACAUUAUGUUCUUGCAGAUCUUGGAUUUUCAGGAUUUUGGGCUUUUCUAUACUUUGUUGGCUUUUGGUAUUUGGCCAGUCAGUGGGGCAAAUCCUCUACACCUCCAAACAAGUAUGGUGUUAACAAUGUACAAGCAGCUAUUGCUUUCUCGUUCUUUUCAAUGUUUACUUGGGGAGCUUCUGCAUUCUAUGCAUAUCAGCGUUUUCGUCAAGGGGGUGAUGCAGCUUUUGCUCCUAGCUAUGAAGCUGAUUCAGCAAUACCAACAUCAUAUCCCUCAUAUCCAAGUGGUGCUGAUAACGACACACACUAUCAAGAACCCCCUUUUUCUGCAGGUAUCAACCAAAAAGGUAACUCAAUAUUUUUACCAUCGGGAGACUUCUCUGCCCCAGCAUAUUAA